AAGAAGAUUGCAUCGGUCCUCGGAGCUCAAGAGCUCAGCUGAUAGAUCUUCACAACAACAAAAACAGGCAUACAGAGCUUCCAUAGCGGGCGCUGCUGGCAUUUUACCGCCGGUUUAGACUUUGUUUGUUUGUUUGUUUGUUUUUGUCGCAGUUGUGUCUCAGCGUCGCCAUCAUGAACGUGACGCUCGCGGUGAAGCAGUACAUCUCCAAAAUGAUCGAGAACAGCGGGCCCGGGAUGAAGGUUCUGCUCAUGGAUAAGGAGACGACCAGCAUAGUGAGUGUGGUUUACACCCAGUCUGAAAUCCUGCAGAAGGAGGUUUACCUGUUCGAACGGAUCGACUCUCAGAGCAGAGACAGCAUGAAGCACCUGAAGGCCAUCUGCUUCCUUCGUCCAACCAAGGAGAACGUGCAGCAUCUAAUCCAGGAGCUAAGAAGACCAAAGUACAGCGUUUACUUCAUCUACUUCAGUAAUGUGAUCAGUAAGAGUGAGAUCAAAGCUCUGGCUGAGGCAGAUGAACAGGAAGUGGUGGCUGAAGUCCAGGAGUUUUAUGGAGAUUUCAUCGCUGUGAAUCCUCACCUGUUUUCUCUCAACCUGCAGGGAGUUUCAAGGAGAUGCACCGAUCAGGUUUUAUCUGGCCGAAACCGUUUCCCGGGUCGGACCUGGGAACCCUCCAUGUUGUCGCGCUGCACGCAGGGUUUGACCUCUGUCCUGCUCGCUCUGAAGAAAUGUCCAAUGAUCCGCUACCAGCUGUCCUCUGACAUGGCCAAACGCCUCGCAGAAAGCGUCAAGCAAAUCAUCACGAAGGAAUACGAGCUGUUUGACUUCAGGAAGACUGAAGUUCCUCCUCUGCUGCUGAUCCUCGACCGCAGCGACGACGCCAUCACACCGCUGCUCAACCAGUGGACGUACCAGGCGAUGGUCCACGAGCUGCUGGGUCUGAACAACAACCGGAUCGACCUGUCCAGAGUCCCGGGGAUCAGCAAAGACCUGAGGGAAGUGGUGCUGUCUGCCGAGAACGACGAGUUUUAUGCCAACAACUUGUACCUGAAUUUCGGGGAGAUCGGCACCAACAUAAAGAACCUGAUGGAAGAUUUCCAGAAAAAGAAACCCAAAGACCAACAGAAGCUGGAGUCCAUUUCUGACAUGAAGGCGUUUGUGGACAACUACCCUCAGUUUAAGAAGAUGUCGGGAACCGUGUCGAAGCACGUCACGGUGGUGGGGGAGCUGUCCCGGCUGGUGUCUGAGCGGCAGCUGAUGGAGGUGUCGGAGGUGGAGCAGGAGCUGGCCUGUCAGAAUGACCACUCUAACGCUCAGCAGAGCGUUCGGCGGCUGCUGCAGAAUCCUCGGGUCUCGGAGCUGGACGCCGUCCGUCUCGUCAUGCUCUACGCUUUGAGGUAUGAGCGCCACAGCAGCAGCAUCCUCCCGUCGCUGAUGGAGGAGCUGAGCAGGAAGGGAGUUUCUGAACGCUACCGCAGGAUGGUUCAGUCGGUUGUGGAGUACGGUGGGAAGAGAAUCAGAGGGAGUGACCUCAUCACACCGACGGAUGCUGUCGCCAUCACCAAACAGUUCUUCAAAGGACUAAAGGGCGUAGAGAACGUGUAUACACAGCAUCAGCCUCUGCUGCACGACACUCUGGAUCAGCUGAUUAAAGGUCGACUCAAAGACAGUCAGUUCCCGUACCUGGGAGCCAGCAGCCUGAGAGACAGGCCUCAGGACAUUAUGGUGUUCCUGAUCGGUGGAGCAACGUAUGAAGAAGCUUUGACUGUUUACAACCUGAAUCGUAACACUCCGGGGGUUCGGAUUGUGCUGGGAGGAAGCGCCAUCCACAACACUAAGAGUUUCCUUGAAGAGGUGAUCCUGGCGACGGGUCACAGCGGCGACAGAGCACAGGGAAGUGGACGCCACUCCACCAGGCGAUGAACACUAACUCUCGUUCUGACUCUUGUAUAAUAAACUUCAUCUCUCCCUCUGCUUGUUUACAUCUGUAGUUAGAGGAGCUUCCAGAGAUCUGUGAAUUGCCUGGAUGUCCUUUUCAAAUACCAACGGGUUUGUGUUUAACAAACACCCAUUACAGGCAAAUUAACAGCUACUCAAUCAGGAAAAAUGUAGCAUUUGGAAACGGUCUUGUUUUCAGGUCUGUAACUGUACACUCUGGUCAUGGUUGAAUAUCCAUCUCAUUGUCAGAGUCUUGAUUCAGCUCAUUGAAAGUGAAUAAAUUCAUGAAUAAUAACAUUGACUUUAAUAAAUGUAGGUUAAAAUAUAUGACCCGGGAAAAGAAAAGGAUGCAGAGAGGCCUCUUAAUUCUUGCUGCAGUCUAAGCUUUAAAAAUAAUAACCUUUAAAAGUUUAUGAUGCUGUUGGAAAACUAAUAAACACAAAGCAAGAACUUUUGUAUUUGCGUUUGUUAACCCCUGGUAUUACAGCAACAUUCUCAAAGGCUAACUACUGAACACACACUGAUUGUCUUUCUAAAGUGUUGCCACAGGAAAGGCAACUUUUCAUGAGCCUUCAACUGCUACUUUUCUGACUUCCUGUUGCAACAAGCUGUGCUGCAAUUCUAACACUUAGCUUGUAGCAGUAACAGCAUGUAAAGAUUCAGUUUCAGAUUGGUUAUUUUUUGUUUUGACUCUUCUCUUUAUUUCUAGGACCAUUUUAUGAGCAUCUCAGCAAUUUCCAACUGAAAACUUUAAAAACGCUCUUUUUCUUAUUUCUUGUAGGCACUAGCUUGACUGCUGUAACACCUUUUGAAAAUUAAAUUUUAUGUUUAUUUUUUAUUUUGUGGCCUGUUGUUGCAUGAUGAAAGCUACAAAUCUACAAAUAUCUAAAAAAAUUUCCAACAUACCAGGCGGUUGCUCAUUCGUAACUGCUACUUUUUUAGCUUCCUGCAGCAGAUAGCUCAGUGCUAGCUCUACAUUACAUAUUAACUGCAUGUAUUUUUAUUAUUAUUACUUGUCUUUUGUAGUAGCUCUGCAAUUUAUAAUAUUUUUAUUAGGAUCUUAACAAUCCUACAAUGUCUGAGGAAAUGGCUUCUGAGAGCUUUGUAGUUAGCUAGCGGUGCUGCAGUCCUAAUGCUAGCUUAUUUGUAAAACAUACCAGCUCAUUAAGAUUUCAUUUCAGAUAUACUAUUUAUUUCUUUAACAGCAGGACUUUUGCUAUAGAUAUUUCUUUAAGGAUCUUAAUAACCUAAAGACAAACUGCUUAAACAUUUCAACUGUGUAAAUGAGACUUACUUCCUGUAGCAACUAGCUCUGCUUUCAUAACAUGUGACGAUUCAGUUUCAUUUUCACAUAAAACACAAAAAAUAAAACAUUUUUCUUUAUUUGUUCUGUAACAGAGUCAAAACUAUGAAGCUAUGAUUUAUUUUGUAAACAUAUUAAGAAUCCUAGAACUCAUGAGGCAAUAGCUAGCUAUAGUUUUAAACGGCUAUUGUUUUUAGCUUUGUGUAGCAGAUAGCUUUGCUUCCAUGCUGCUAACCCAAGCUUAUUCAUAAACAACAUGUUUAUUUUUCUAUCUUCUAUGGUCUACUGCUGAUAAUAUUUUAUUAGUAUCUAAACAGUGCUGCAACCUCUGAGGAAAUGCUUGUGGGCUUUCAAACUCUUUGCUACCUGUGCUGCUGUGCUAAUGCUAACUAGCAUAUCAAAAGUAAUAGUGUCAAUAUUCUACCUACAUCUGAAAUAUUUUUCUUAGCAUCAAGGUUAAAAUAAAAAUAAAAAUGUUUGCUCUAACCUCUUUCUUUUCCAGAGCAGAGGUUUUUGUUUCUAAAGUAACUCAAGCACUCGCUCUACAGUUUGUGCUGUAUCUUAGCUGCCAGGACUUGACAUUGUGUACUGUAACAGACCAGAAAACUGAAAUUAUCUUCAAAUUUAAUUAGGAUAUAAUCAACUGAUAUAGUCUUAUCAAAAUUUUCAAAGCAAUGGUUGUUUAAUUAGGGUUCUUGGUGCUUUCUGUCCUCGAUUUAAAGUGCAGUUUUUCAUCUGUUUGGUUUAAGGAACAUUAUUUUGCUUCUGUCAUGCAGUGAUUCUCUUGUUACAUCCUUUAAUUUUUCCCUUUACAUGUUUCUGACUGAAUGUGAAUUUGAAAGGAUUACUAUUAAAAAGAAAAAACAGAGUUGAAACUGUGUUUGGGAUCUGAAUCUGUAUCACACAGAAAUGAAUUGAAAUAUGUGUAAUACUGGUGAAUAUAUUAAAAUGUAUUUUAAAAUAUA